GGAGUCUGGAAAUAUCCAUGUAGCUUUUUGUGAAGCUUGGUUUACAAAAUGUUUUUUUACUCCUGCGAUGUAAGGAUAACAAUCUUAUCUUAAUGGGACAGUGGUGGAUUAUGUAUUGCAUUUCUAUGUGGAUUAUAGGUACUUUUGUAUCUUAUGGACCUCAUUGCAUAUCAGGAUGAAGAAGACAUAUUUCUUCCCUUAAAUGUGAGGAUGGUACGGCGAGGACUUCUGAGUUGGGUUUCCCGGGUGGGGAUCCUUCUCGUCUGUCUUUGCUGUAUAGUUUCUGUCUUGUAUAUGCUAGCAUGCACUCCAAGAGCUGAAGAUGAACAGCUCAUACUUCCACGAAUUAAUAGCCCUACUGGGAAAGAAGGCUACCAUGCUAUUUUGCAGGAACGUGAGGAAGAACAUCGGAAUUAUAUCACUAGUCUGAAAAAACAAAUAGCUCAAUUGAAAGAUGAGCUUCAAGAACGCAGUGAACAACUCAGAAAUGUUCAAGGUCACUACACUGAUUCCCUCACUGUGACCUUCGACCAUGCCAGCCCUGAGAAGACACAGACAGACCUCUUAAACUUUCUACAUUCCCAGGUUAGCAAGGCUGAAGUACAUAAUGGUAUGAAGAUCCCCACUGAAUAUGCCGCUAUUCCAUUUGAUAGCUUCACUUUUCACAAAGUGUACCAAUUGGAAACAGGACUUACACGCCACCCGGAAGAAAAACCUGUAAGGAAAGAUAAACGGGAUGAGCUAGCAGAAGCCAUUGAGGUGGCAGUGGAGAUGCUGAAUAGUCCUGAGGAUGGAAGCAAUGCACAUAGACGAGUAUACACUUCAUCCGACUUUAUUGAAGGCAUUUAUAGAACAGAGAGAGAUAAGGGUACAUUGUAUGAACUGACUUUUAAAGGCGAGAGAAGUCAAGAAUUUAAACGCCUUGUUCUCUUUCGACCGUUUGGACCUGUUUUAAAAGUGAAGAAUGAAAAGUUGAACAUGGCCAACGUCCUUGUUAAUAUCAUUGUACCAUUGUCUAAAAGAGCUGAUAAGUUUCAACAGUUCAUGCACAAUUUCAGAGAAGUAUGCAUUAACCAGGACAAAAGAGUCCAUCUAACAGUCGUGUACUUUGGGAAGGAACAGGCGCAAGAGGUAAAAGCUAUACUGGAAAACACAUCUAAGGCAGCAAACUUCAAGAACUUCACGUUUAUUCAACUGAAUGAGGAAUUCUCCCGUGGCAAAGGAUUAGAUGUAGGAGCUCGCGCUUGGAAAGGAAACAAUGUCCUUCUGUUUUUUUGUGAUGUGGAUAUCUACUUCAAUGCAGAGUUCCUGAACACAUGCAGAAUAAACACUCAGCCAGGAAAAAGAGUUUUCUAUCCGGUCCUUUUCAGUCAGUACAACCCAGCGAUAAUUUAUGGGCAUCAUGAUGCAAUUCCCUCCAUUGACCAGCAGCUGGUCAUUAAAAAGGAUACUGGAUUUUGGCGAGACUUUGGGUUUGGAAUGACUUGUCAGUAUCGUUCAGAUUUCAUUAAUAUAGGUGGUUUUGAUUUAGACAUCAAGGGUUGGGGAGGUGAAGAUGUUCACCUAUACCGCAAAUACCUUCAUAGCAACCUCAUUGUGAUCAGGACGCCUGUUAGAGGUCUUUUCCACCUCUGGCACGAGAAGCGCUGUGUGGAUGAGCUGACUUCAGAGCAAUACAAAAUGUGUAUGCAGUCGAAGGCCAUGAAUGAGGCUUCUCAUGGACAGCUUGGAAUGCUGGUCUUCAGACAUGAGAUUGAAGCGCAUCUGCGCAAACAGAAGCAGAAAUCCAGUGUGAAGAAAUCUUGACACUUUCAAAAUACACCGUAUUUAUUACUAUUCUAUCCCAAGUAUAUAUGACAAAGCGUGAACACGAGUGUUCAAUA